GAAAAACCAAUUUAUAAUAAUAACUGAAAAAUAAAACACAGAAAGAAAAUCGAGCUGAAAAGACCAACGCAUCAAUGACCGUACAGUUCCAGAGAGAGAGAGAGAGAGAGAAAACUAAAAAAACAAGAGAAAGAAACACACUAACAUAACAACAACACACGAAUACUCACAAGUAAAAAUAACGUGUGAAAACCCCAUUUCUGUCUCUCGGGUUCUCGACGAGGAAGAAAGACGAGCUAAGCUCGCCGAUCUUCUAGAACAUUCUAGAUCACUCAAGUAGAUAACCUCUGUUCCGUUGUGAACUCUGUAAGUUGUUGUACAGGAACCUCAAAAACCCCAAACACAAAUGGACUUGUACGGUCGGAGUCCCACGAGGAAUGGAUCGAAUCCGGUAAAUCAACAUGAAUGGCGUUCACCGGACGCUGUUCUUGGAGAGUCGAUGUGGCAUUUAACGCUUGGUGGUGGUGGUGGUGGUGGUGGUGAAUCUUACCCGGAGAGACACGGUGUGCCCAAUUGUGUGUAUUACAUGAGAACUGGGUUCUGUGGAUAUGGUGGAAGGUGUCGUUUCAAUCACCCCCGUGAUCGUGCUGCGGUUGCUGCGGCAGUUAGAGCUACAGGGGACUACCCAGAACGGCUGGGGGAACCUCCAUGUCAGUAUUAUUUAAAAACUGGAACCUGUAAAUUUGGCGCGUCCUGUAAAUUCCACCAUCCCAAAAAUGGAGGUGGAUAUUUAAGCCAAGCUCCACUAAAUAUUUACGGAUACCCAUUACGACCGGGUGAGAAAGAGUGCUCCUAUUAUUUGAAAACGGGGCAGUGCAAAUUUGGCGUAACAUGUAAAUUCCAUCAUCCUCAACCUGCUGGAACGUCAAUGCCAGCAUCUGCACCUCAAUUUUAUCAACAGGUGCAGUCUCCAACUGUUCCUCUGCCUGACCAGUAUGGAGGAGCUUCCACAAGCUUGAGAGUAGCUAGACCUCCUGUGUUACCUGGUUCAUAUGUACAAGGGGCUUAUGGUCCUGUACUUCUUUCCCCAGGGGUUGUUCCAUUUCCUGGAUGGAGUCCUUAUUCGGCUCCUGUGAGCCCUGUGUUAUCUCCUGGUGCGCAACCUGCUGUUGGGGCUACUUCUCUAUAUGGAGUGACUCAGUUGUCGUCGUCAACCUCAGCUUUUGCUAGACCAUAUACUCCUCUUCCCUCCUCUCCUGGACCUUCAAGAAGCAAUCUGCAGGAAAAAGUAUUUCCUGAAAGACCCGGUGAACCAGAUUGCCAAUACUAUCUGAGAACUGGGGACUGCAAAUUUGGAUUAGCUUGUCGAUAUCAUCAUCCACAGGACCAGGUUGCUGCACGACCACUUCUUAGUCCCAUUGGUCUUCCUUUACGCCCGGAAGGAUCUCGAUUUUGACAACCUUGCUUGAUUCCUUGAUGGAACAUGAUUGGCUUUCUGUAUCUAUCCUGGCCUCUCACACAAAAGCUUGGUUUUGAGACAUAGUAUUUGUCUGUUUAUUCUGAAAAAUGGGGGCAACAAGGAUCAAACUUAUGGUCACUUGGUCAUUGGAUUUGAAGCCAUGAUACCAUGUCAAGGACCAACUCUCCUAAGCUCAAGUUAUUGGACGAAUCCACAUGAUUGGAAUGAUAUAUAUGUAAAAGUCUUAAUGCAAAACCUGCUAUUCAAUCUAUUUCCUUUUAAAUUAACAUUAUAUUACUUGUUGCGUUCUAAGUGUUUGUAAUUCAAAAGUUCUAUGUUUUAAAAAUAAAAUUUACUAGUUGUGACUGUUGUAUAUGGGUAUAAUAUUUGAAUGGUUCUCCAGCUCCGGAAACCUAAGGUCUUAGAAUAACCUAAUUCAGAAUUGAUGUUAAGCCUUUCCUGUUUCCCACUAAAAAUGUCAAUGUAGUUAGUGAUAUACACAAUGUUAAAGUUGUUUUAUGGUCGUUUCCAUUCUUUCUUAAGUUGUGAGCUGCUUGUUUGGUGUCAUAUCAUGGUUAAAUGGAUAUGAGAUGGAAACACAUGAUUAAAAGACGGGCUACAACAGAAGUGACAUGAAUUCAUUACUUUGUAAGUAACUUUUGGCUGCAGUGAACUUCCCCCCCACACAACCCCUUCUUUCUGAGGACUUUUGAUGGUACAACAAGCUAUGCAGUUGUGUCUGCAACGCUUGUACAUAUAAUGGAAUUAUCUGCUUUAUUAUGUGGAUUCAUGAUGGAGUUGCCACAUUUAGUAGAUUUAGAUUAAUUACUGUGUAACAUACAUACAUGUUUUUCCUUUCAUUAAUGAUGUGUAUUAGUUAA